AUGGAUUUUGGAGGCAUUCGCAAUGGGAAAGACAUCCUUGUCUCCACAGCUGUCCAGUAUGUGGACAGUAACAGGGCUGAACUCAUUCAGCGUGUGGUGGCGGUGAUGCCCAUUGCUGAUGAGUUACUGCAGAGAAACAUGAUCCACCGGGAGACGUACAAUAACAUCCUCACUGCGGGGACCAGUCAGAAGCAGAUGAGACUUCUGUACAGCAUCCUGGAUUCUGCAGGAGACACUGUGAAAUCUGCCUUUCACACCUUUCUGAAGAACAACUGUCCUCAUCUGGUUCAGGCUUCUGUCUCUGAGGGUGAGACACCAUUCAUCUUUACACAUCUGCAAAGAGCCCAAGAUGAUCUUAAAAUCAGUUUGAAGAAGAAAUAUGAAUGCAUCUUUGAAGGCUUGGCCGAGUAUGGGGGUAAAAUGUACAUAAACAGUAUCUAUACAGAGCUGUACAUAAGCGAGGGGAGAAGUGAAGGAGUCAAUACUGAACAUGAGGUGAGGCAGAUUGAGACAAGAAUGAGGAGACAAACUACAGAAGAAAGCAAAAUCAGCUAUAAUGACAUCUUCAGAUGUUUGCCUGGUCAGAACAAAGCCAUCAGAAGUGUGCUGACCAAGGGCAUUGCUGGUAUUGGAAAGACCGUCUCUGUGCACAAGUUCAUCCUUGACUGGGCUGAAGGAAAAGCCAAUCACGAGGUUCAGUUGAUGUUCAUUCUUCCUUUUCGGGAGCUGAACUUGAUAAAAGACGAGCAAUACAGUCUUCUUGGACUACUGCAUUACUUUCACCCUGAAAUUAAACAUGUAUUAUCGGCUGAGAAUGUUACAAAUGAAAAAACUGCUUUUAUUUUCGAUGGUCUGGAUGAAAACCGAGUUCCGUUAAAUUUUCAGUCCAAGAAGUUGUGUGACCUUACGGAACCCACGUCAGUGGGAAUGUUAGUAAUUAACCUAAUCAAAGGCAACCUGCUUCCCUCUGCUCUCCUGUGGAUAACCUCCCGUCCGGCAGCAGUCGCUCAGAUCCCAGUUGAGUAUAUCGACCAGGUCACAGAGAUACGAGGGUUUGAUGACCCACAGAAAGAGGAGUACUUCGGGAAGAGGUUCACUGACCAGGACCUGGCCUGCAGAGUUAUCUCUCAUAUGAAGACAUCGAGGAGUCUCUACAUCAUGUGUCACAUUCCUGUCUUCUGUUGGAUUUCAGCAAGUGUUCUUGAGCAGAUGUUGGGUCAAGAGAGGAAAGGAGAAAUUCCCACAACUCUGACGCAGAUGUACACACACUUCCUUCUCAUUCAGACUCACUUUGUGAAGAAAAAGUAUUUUGAAAACCUGGUGGAUGAACUAAUGAUAAAGAAACUGGGUGAACUGGCAUUUAACCAGCUUCAAAAGGGACAUCUCAUAUUUUAUGAAAAUGACUUGAAAGAGUGUGGAAUUGAUGUCACAGAUUCUUCAGUUCACUCUGGGCUGUGCACACAAAUAUUUAAGAAGGAGGACUUAAUGGCUCGGAAGAAAGUGUACAGUUUUGUGCAUCUGAGCAUCCAGGAGUUUCUUGCUGCUCUGUUUGUCUUUUAUACAUAUAGAGAAAGCAGCAUGAACCUGCUUGACCAAAGAGUCACCUCCCAAUUACAAAGACUCUUCAAAAUCCAAAAAUUAUUCAAUUUACAUAAGAGUGCAGUGGACAAGGCCUUGAGCAGUAAGAAUGGACACCUGGAUCUCUUCCUCCGCUUCCUUCUUGGCAUCUCACUGGAGUCCAACCAGAGUCUCUUGCAAGGGCUACUGACACAGACUGGGUGCAGCUCACAGAAUACUGAGAAAACAGUGAAAUACAUUAAGGAGAAGAUCCAGAAUAAUCUUGCUCCUGAAAGAUCCAUCAACUUGUUCCACUGUCUGAAUGAGCUGAAUGACAACACUCUAGUAGAGGAAAUCCAGAGCUACCUGAACUUAGGAGAUAUGUCGACAAAGCAGCUCUCAGCUGCACAGUGGUCAGCUCUCGCUUUUGUGUUACUGACAUCGAGACAGGAGGAGGAUGUGUUUGACCUGAAGAAGUUCCUCGGAUCAGAAGAAGGGCUACUGAGACUGAUGCCAGUGGUCCAGUUCUCCAGAACAGCUCUCCUGAAGCAGUGUAACGUCACCAAAAAAUGCUGUGAACAUCUGACAUCAAUUCUGAGCUCCACCUCCUCACACCUGAGAGAGUUAGACCUGAGUGACAAUGACCUUCAGGACUCAGGAGUGAAGAUACUCUCAGCUGGACUGGAGAACCAACACUGUAAACUAGAGGUACUAAGACUGAACCAGUGUAACCUAACAGACAAAUGCUGUGAAGAUUUGGCCUCAGCUCUGAGCUCCACCUCCUCACACCUGAGAGAGUUAGACCUGAGUGACAAUGACCUUCAGGACUCAGGAGUGAAGAUACUCUCAGCUGGACUGGAGAACCAACACUGUAAACUGGAGGUACUAAGGUUAAUCAAAUGUUACCUGAAAAAGAAAUGCUGUGAAGCUCUGGUUUCCAUCCUCAACUCUAACUCCUCACAGCUGAGAGAGUUAGACCUGAGCAAAAAUGACCUGCAGGAUUCAGGAGUGAAGAUACUCUCAGCUGGACUGAGAAACCAACACUGUACACUGGACACACUAAGACUGAACCAGUGUAACCUAACAGACAAAUGCUGUGAAGAUUUGGCCUCAGCUCUGAGCUCAACCUCCUCACACCUGAGAGAGUUAGACCUGAGUGACAAUGACCUUCAGGACUCAGGAGUGAAGAUACUCUCAGCUGGACUGGAGAACCAACACUGUAAACUGGAGGUACUAAGGUUGUCCCUGUGUAGAGUCACAGAGAGAGGCUGUUCUUCUCUGGCUUCGGCUCUGGGUUCGAACGCCCGCUCACAGCUGAGAGAGCUGGAUCUGAGCUAUAAUCACCCAGGGGACUCAGGAGUGAAGCUGCUCUCUGCUCUACUGGAGAAAGUGAAUGUGGACCAUGCUGGACAGUGCAGGAUCAGAGCAGGACCACAGAAAUACUCCUGCCGGCUCACACUGGACCCCAACACAGCGCACAGAAACCUGGUCCUGUCUAAGGACAAGAGGAUGGUGACAAGGAGGGUAGAGAAGCUGCCAUAUCCUGAUCAUCCAGAGAGGUUUGACUGUUACAGACAAGUCCUGUGUGUAGAGAGUGUGUCUGGUCGCUCUUACUGGGAGGUUCAGUGGACCGGAGAACAUGGGGUUCGUAUCGGAGUCACUUACAAAGGAAUCAGCAGGAAAGGAGACUCUUCUGACUGUGGCCUUGGAUACAGCGACAAGUCCUGGAGUCUGUACUGCUCUAGUGAGAGACACGCUGUAGAACACAACAACAAACGUGUUGACAUAGCUGCACCCCCCUUCCGCAGAGUAGGAGUGUAUGUGGACUGUGUGUCCGGCGCUCUGUCCUUCUACGGCGUCUCCUCCGGUGAACCGACCCUCCUGUACAGCUUCACCUCCACGUUCGCUGAGCCCCUCACUGCUGGCUUUUGGGUUUGGAUCGACUCCUCGGUGUCCCUGUGUGACCCGGAACCGGUACCAGUGUCCCGGACGUGA